AUGAAAGGGGAACCUACAUCUAGGAUGACCAACUCAAAGGGUCUCAGGCGCGGAACGCGCUACAUGUUCGCUCGUAAUUUCCGCAAGCAUGGAAUUGAACAUCUCUCCACCUACUAUCGCAUUUAUAAGCGAGGAGACAUCGUCGACAUCAAGGCCAACGGUGCUUUCCAAAAGGGUAUGCCCUUCAAAGCUUACCACGGCAAGACAGGAACUGUAUUCAAUGUCACGAAGAGUGCUGUUGGAGUGAUUGUCAACAAGCGUGUUCGAGGACGGAUCAUCCCCAAGCGUAUCAAUAUCCGAGUCGAGCAUGUGAAGCCGUCGACGUGUCGACAGGACUUCUUGAACCGUGUGAAGGCCAAUGAUGAGAAGAAGAAGGCAGCGAAAGCCGCUGGCGAGCCACUACCAGUCCUGAAGCGACUCCCCGUUGGGCCUCGUCCAGGUCACCUGGUCAGUACCAAAAACAACGAUCCAGAGCUUCUCGCUCCUCUGCGAUACGAGAUUGUUGCCUAA